AUGAGACUCCGGGUGCUCUUGGGACCCUGGCUGAGGCAGACACACGGAGAGUCUGUCCUUGUUCUCGCAGGACUUCAAGGUAUGCAGUCUUAUCUCUGCCAGUCGGAGGUGUAUUUAAGCGAAUGCCAUGACAUGAUCAAAUAUCAGUGGGUCUCCGGCGCUGCCAUGGCGGGAAGCAACACUCCGAUAUUCAACGAUCUUCUCUGUUUCUUCAGCGGGAAAUUACGUGUCGUCUCGCGUCACGCCUUAACUGAUGCCGUCGCUCGGUUUUACAGUAGCGACGAAGUGAAGUUGGCCUACGACAUACUGCAGGACUGUCUGAGCAGAGGCAGCGACCAGGGCAGUGCAGACGGCAGAGGCGGCGGCGGCAUCAACUUCGACUCUAAAACGGACGUGGUCAGCCGCAUGCACGACAUUCUCUCAAAAGUUUCAGCCAACGACAUGCCGUUCUUCGUGUGUCGGGACGUGAACAACAUUCCCACCUGCAGUAGCGACGACGGAGGCCGCGCUUUGCCAGAUGUGGGGCGCCUCAGCCUCCAUACCUCGUCGUCCGCCCUCGGCAUCGGCUCCGAGGAUCAGCGAGGGGCUCACGAAGGGCAGCCGGACGCGCAGGCAGCUCCUGGUCGUUCAAGGGAUGUCGUCGAACAGAUUUUUUCAGAAGUGGACGUCAACUCCUCCCUCAUGAUGGAGGCGCAGGCCAGGCUGAGGACCUGCCAAGAAAGUUCGCCGAGGACGCCGCCGAAGGUGACCGAUCCUGACCUCGGGACGCUAGAAGCCCUACAGCAGGAGCUCUCCGCGACCUACGCGUCCUACACGAAGGUCGACCUCGCGUCCGGUAUGAUAUCCCAGGACACCUGCCACGUUGACAAGAUAUACUUUCCAAUCAAUAUGGAGCAAGAGGACCGGCUUCAAAGAGAAGGGAAAGUCGCGAAUCCUCAUCGCCGACUGGACCGCCCGUGGGCUCGCGGUGGAAGCGCCGUGGCUGACUUCGACCUGGUCUUCAAGACCGAGUGUCAUGAGACAACCAGGUCCUUCGGCCAGUUGCUCCGCCAGCUUUUGCCCAGCACCGUGAGUUCCAAAAAACAUGGACGAUGCUCAAUUCAAACAAUACAUUCUCAGCCAAAAGUCCUGUUCCUUGUCGAUGGCUUCGAGGAACUGAAUGAGAGCUCAGAUGCCUUGCUUGAGGAGAUCCUCUUUCUUGCAUCCCGCAACGUCCGCAUCGUAGGAACAAGGAGACCAGGGAAUGGCUUUACACCUACUUCAGAAAUAUUGGCAACUGGUGCAAAAAGAACUUCUGUUCUCCCUUCAAACUUGGCGGUGCUCAUUCUGCUCAGCGUCUACGAUCCUGCGAUGAUGAGCCACCUCACGACGGGCACGGCCUUCUUCGCCCAACUGGAGAAGUUCAGAAUCCUCAGACUCGUCAACCAUCUUACCAGCCGCCCAGAAUACGCACACUUAUCCCCGGAAGAGCUGAGGUUUCUUUGCUCGGGAUUCAUCAAGCUGCUCAACGACCUCGCUUUCGAGAGCCUGCAACUUGGGGAGACGACCUUAGCGCCCAGUGCGAUGACCAGGCUCGCCGAGAAAUGCAGGAGGCUCGGCUUGCCGGCGGAAACGAUGUUCUCGGCGUUUUUGAAGUGCCAGCUUUCGGCAGGGAAUCGCAGCUACUCCUUCGGGGAAAAAAGCAUUCAGGAGUUCAGAGCUGCUUGCCAUUUGUGCUACCUCGCCACGUACCAGCCGGUGCUUGGCUCCGAUUCGAGCCAGAGCUCUGCAGGAUCUCCCUUCCACGACGUGGUCUUCUUCACAGCAGGUCUGCUGGCAGAGAAGCUGUCUCAUGCACUUGCUGAGAACACCGAGUUUAUAAUUCAGCAAGCUGUGGGGGCGGGCAUAAAAGAAACCAGUGAGUGGUUGGACCUCCUGCAGGAGGCCCUGUGUCACGAAGUGUUGGCAGAGGCCGUCGGCCGCUCCGCGCUGAGGAAGGACAGGUGGGACGUCAAGGAGGUCCAUCUGCCGGCGUUGAGGACUCUCCUUCUCGUGGCCUCGCCAAAGAGUCUACACGUCACCGUGAACAGUCUGGAAAGGCCUCCGGAAGAAAUACCUGCUCUUUGCGAAGUUUUGAGAAGAGUCGCUGGUCAGCCAGUCUCAAUUUCCCUCAGCUUGAAUUACUACUUCGUGAUGGGCAGGAGUAGAAACGCGGACAACCUCCUGCGCCUCCUUCUACAGGGCUCUGCUGUCAUCACGGGAUUCGUCGGUUACUUAUCCAGCAGCAUGAUAUCACAAUUACCAAGCACGCUGCACACCCUCGCGUUGCAGGUCGACCGCCGCGAGCUGGAAACCCUGGCCAGCGUUCUCCCUAAAAUGAAGCACCUUGAGAGGCUAGAGAUUUUCCUGCGUGUGGACAACAGUACACAGAAACUACCGUCUGUGGACUUCCACCAGCGAGAGUUGAUCGUCGAUUUCUGCAAGAUCCGUGAUGAAAGCACGGCGUGGGUGACGAGGGCCCUUUCGAGUCUCUCGCGGCCCCCCUUUCGCCAGGGUAAAGCUCUUCCACAGCUUCCUGACGGCGCGGGGGGCACUCGCUCUGCUCGGGGGUUUGAGGCUCUGUUGGAGUUCCCGUUAUCACUGGUCGGGAUCUUGUGUGCUAAAUCAUCAAGGGGAUAA